CCGUGGCAGCCGGCGGGGCCGAGGGGGACGCGGCGGGCCGGGAGCGGCGGCGAUGGACGACCACAGUCUGGACGAGUUCCGCCGGCGCUGGCAGGAGGAGCUGGCGCAGGCCCAGGCGCUGAGGAAGCGGCGGCGGCCCGAGGCUGCCGAGCGGCGGCCACGGCGGCCCGAGGUGCCCCCCGUGCGCGGCGAGCAGCAGGCCUCGGGGUACCUGGCGCUGGCCCAGGGACUUCUGGAGGGCGCGGGGCGGCCCCCAGCGGCGCGGGCGACCCGGGCUGAGAGGCAGGAGGCGGCGAGCCGUUCCCGCUCCCCUCCGGCCCGCGAGGCUGCCGGGGGCGGGGAGCAGUUGGUGGACCAACUCAUACGGGACCUGAAUGAAAUGGAUGACGUGCCCUUCUUUGAUAUCCAGCUGCCUUACGAGUUGGCAAUCAAUAUAUUUCAGUAUCUGGACAGGAAGGAGCUAGGAAGGUGUGCGCAGGUGAGCAAGAUGUGGAAGGUGAUUGCAGAAGAUGAAGUGCUCUGGUACAGGCUGUGCCAGCAGGAAGGGCACCUGCCCGAGAGCAGCAUCUCCGAUUAUUCUUGCUGGAAGCUCAUCUUCCAAGAGUGCCGAGCCAAAGAACACAUGUUAAGAACCAACUGGAAGAAUCGCAAAGGCGCCGUGAGUGAGCUGGAACACAUUCCUGACGCGGUUUUAUGUGACGUGCAUUCUCACGAUGGCGUCGUCAUUGCUGGAUAUACAUCAGGGGACGUGAGAGUGUGGGACACCCGCACCUGGGACUACAUAGCCCCCUUCCUGGAAUCAGAGUAUGAGGAGGACGAGCCUGGAAUGCAGCCAUAUGUCUCCUUUGUGAGGAUAAACAGCUCGCUGGCGGUAGCGGCUUAUGAGGAUGGAUUUCUUAAUAUUUGGGAUCUAAGGACUGGAAAGUAUCCUAUUCAUCGUUUUGAGCAUGAUGCGAGAAUACAAGCACUAGCUCUCAGCCAGGAAGAUGCAACUGUUGCUACAGCUUCUGCUUUUGAUGUCGUAAUGUUAUGCCCCAAUGAGGAGGGAUAUUGGCAAAUAACUGCAGAAUUUGAAGUUCAGAAACUGGUUGACUACCUUGAAAUAGUUCCAGAUACUGGAAGGUACCCUGUGGCGGUAGCCACUGCUGGAGAUCUGGUAUACCUGCUAAAAGCCGAAGACUCUGCCAGAACCCUCCAUUACGUCUACGGCCAGCCUGUCACAUGUCUAGAUGUCUCAGCCAGCCAGGCUGCUUUCGGUGUGAAGAGUCUGGGAUGGGUGUAUGAAGGAAACAAGAUCCUGGUGUACAGCCUGGAAGCGGAACGCUGCGUCUCAAAGCUGGGUAAUGCGCUUGGUGACUUCACCUGCGUCAACCUCCGCGACAGCCCUCCCAAUCUCAUGGUCAGUGGCAACAUGGACAGGAGGGUGAGGCUCCAUGACCUCCGCACUGACACGAUCGCCCUGUCCGUCUCUGCCCACCAACUCGGAGUCUCUGCUGUCCAGAUGGACGACUGGAAAAUCGUCAGUGGAGGCGAAGAAGGCCUGGUCUCCGUGUGGGAUUACCGGAUGAACCAGAAGCUGUGGGAGGUGCACUCCAGGCACCCCGUGCGGCACAUCUCCUUCAACAGCCACAGCCUCAUCACAGCCAAUGUGCCCUACGAGAGAGUGGUGUGCAAUGCCGACCUGGACCGCUUCACCACGCACAGGAGACACCGGGGGCUGAUCCAGGCCUAUGAGUUUGCAGUGGACCAGCUGGCCUUCCAGAGCACCGUUCCCAUCUGCCGUUCGUCCUGUGACACCACGGUGGGCUGCAACUAUGACCUUGCCCUUGCUUUUCCCUAUGACAGUAUUUAGGGUGUUGCCUCAUUUGGGAGCAGGGAGAAACGUGGGAAGAACCAAUUCUGUGAGUUUUAGAACUACAGGGGAGCACCGCACUGGGUUUAAGUGCUGGGGGAUGAAAGCAGCCCCCGGGCGCACGUGUGUGAGCAUACAGCCCUCAGCUGCCCACGUGUGUCCCUGGCCAGUUACUGUCCCUGUCUCUCAGUUCCGCACACUGAUGACGCCCACUUAUUCUUCCCUCCUCUCCCCAUCCCCGGAGUGUCACCCCGGCCCAACCCCAUGGUUCUGUACACUACACAGGCCCCUGCUACAGCUCAGAUGAGGCCCUUCUGCCCCAGCCCGCUGGCCCUCUUCCCAUCUCCUAACCCUUUCUGCUUUGGGGGCCUUUGGAUAUGCUGGUCUCUGAGCCAGAAGGCUGCAGCACUCACCUGGCCCUUGGAUCUGAGGUAGCUGGUCACUCUGGAUCGUCUUCUCUGACUCCACCCCUGACAUGAACCUGGGAGAGCGGUACUUUCUCCUCAUAGCUUUUACCACGGUUUAUAAUUAUAUAUUUAUACAAUUACUUCAUUAAUAACUUUUGCUUACUUUUGUGUCUACAACAUGUGCUAUGAAGUGGACAUUUUCUACAUUAUUCAUUGAAUAAACCACCAUCCUUGAUGUGGGAUGGAAGAUGAUUGGUUCUGGAGGAGAGAAUGAGUGAGAAGAGGAAGAGACAUCUGAGGAAGCAGGGUGUGAAGCCACUAAGACAGGGCAGCGCCUGUCACAAACUCAGUUUGAUAAACAGCUUCCAUUUCCAAAGGAUUAAGAGGGCAGACCGUGGCGUUACUCUUAAUUUAGAGUGUUCUCAGCAGCAGCUAAUAUCCCUUCAAAAUAUCAAAGCAAAAACCCUGAUAGAACUACAAAGGGAAGCAACAAUCCACGCUCAUGGUGGGUGAUCAGAUCACAUCAGUCAAAAUAUUUAAGGAUUUGGAAGAUUUACUUAAUUUACAAGCUUGACCCAGUAGAUGUAGAUAGAAUUUUGUACCUUUUCAAAUACCCAUAGACCAUGGACAAAAAAUGACCAUGUGUGAAGGCCACGAAGAGUAGUUCCUGACACGCCCAAUUCAAUACAGUUAGAAAUCAAACAGCUGAAUGAAACAAAAGGUGCUCCUGGAUUUCAUGACGGAAAGUAAGACCAAAAGUCAGGGAACUGAGCUGUCACCUCAGAAAGCUUAAAGGUAACAGUGAUCCCAAAGUAGAAGAAAGGAGUUAAGUAAGGAUUAAAAACAUACAUUAAUGAAAUAGAGACCCAGAUAACAAAAAAACUGCUUUGGGCUUUUUUCCCUAAGACAAAAUAUACAACUCUUGAUAAAGGGGUGGGGAGGCAAAAGGGUCUAUCAGAAACAGAAGUAGGGACACAGAACAAGUAUUUUCAGUGUGGAGACAGCGUGCCCACACUAAUCCAAGAAAAUGAAGCUUCUGUACUGUCCAUGAGCAGAUAAGGCUGGGAAAUGCACUAUGACUCAGAGACCUAGAACUUUGGAGUCGUGAAGGUUCUGAAAGGUCUUUCAGGCUGUUUAAGAUACUCGGUCCAACUGGACAGGACGACAAAGCCAAGUAAAAAGCCGCAACUGGGAACCAUCACCUCUCAGUCCAGAGAGGCUGCUUUCCUGGGAGGCAGCUUUGUCAGGACAGUUCUCUGCUUCCUUUCAGAAAACCCAAUUACUUCGUAAACGCAGCCAGGCUGCAGUUAGCAAGGGAAGGCUGUAUUUUAUUCACGCUCCCUGCCGUGUGGCGCUCCGACCCCCAAGCGAUCUCGCAUGUUCUUUAUGCAGCUGGACCACUGGGUCAAGUAUAAUUUUUUUCUUAUAAGCAGCAGCCCCUUCCAGUCUGAUUUUACAGGUACAUUCUCCCUCCCUAGCUUUGCAGGAAUGAAGGAUAAGGGAAGAAUUCAAAAGAAAUUAGAUCAGAAAAGUUUACUGAAAGUAAAAAGAGCUUUAAACUGUUUUUAUUCCCUGCCAACUGCUGGUCCAGUGUAAGAUGUUAUAAGCGCUGGGUUUUUCUUCCCAGUCUGUUUAUAACAUCACCCAUUCAUGAAAACCAGCUGGGUUAUGUGAAGGAAAAGUUCACUGGACCCGAACUAUCAUCUCCAAACACGCCAAGCUGAGUCAGCGUUUUCUACUGUAAACCUUACCUCCUGGAAGAAAUCACCCUGACAGGGAGAGGAGCGAGGUUCCUUAUGAGCCAGUAUUCACCAGUGGCCCAUGUCCACCCCCUUCUGCUCAUCCCACCUUACCUCUGACCUCUGUCCCCAUCGGCUUUUUUGUGGGACCUUCUUCACAAGCUCUGAGUUCUUUGCCGACGUAUCGCCAGCUUUCCUUCUGAAGCUCUUCCGCUGUCUGACCUCCACCUCAACGUCCCCCUAAAGACAGAAGAGACUCAGAUAUGCCGCUCGGGGAGCCAGAGGACCAGCCUCCAGAGAUCUUUGUCUUAUCUUAAAAUGUUGUACGCCUUUUGCGUUCUACUUUAUAACAUUAUGUCCAUGUUAGUUCUAGUAUUAAAUUGUUUUCAAAUUUA